AAUCAAAUCAAUCCAGUGGAGACAAAGGCGAGUUCACGAGGAACUGAAGCCACGAAAAGAUACAUCAAACAUUCAGCUUUCGUCUAUCUCUUCUUCCAUCUAAAGCUCCGGCCGAUCCGAGAAACCUCCCGAGUUCAAGUUGAAAGAAGAAAGCUCGGUGACAAUGGCUUGUUUCUUCAAAGUCCUCCUUGGCGACUGGGAGAAAAAACUGCGAAUCCCCACGUUGUUUGUCUCCUGCUUUUCCGAGCUUACACCUAAGACAAUAAUACUCAUCCAUCCUGUGUCAAAAAGAUUAUGGACCGUUGAUAUUGAGGAAGAUGAUGACAGAGACUUGUACUUCACAAGAGGUUGGGCUAAAUUUGUGACAGAAAAUGCUUUAGCGACUGGGGAAUUUUUAUUUUUCAUGUUCGAUGGGAAUUCAAAAUUUCAAGUUUGGAUCUGUGGAAAAUCUGCCUGCGAGAAGACGCUUGAGAAUCUGGCAUUGGAGGCACUGGUCAAUCAGAAAAACCACAAACAACGUCAUAAUAAACAGACGGCAACUCGACAUGGUCAAGAAACUCGGAAAGGAAAAGAUCCAAUGGAUGUUGAAAGGCAAAUGGGGAAGCUUGUUGAUGCUGAGAUAAAAGAGGAGAGAAUAGAUUUUGAUGAUUCUAGUACCUCUCGCCAAGAAACAUGUGAUGAAACGUGGGUACCCGAUUCUGAAGCUGAAGAAGAAGAAUUAGAAGAAGAAGAAGAAGAAGAUUAUGAAGCAGAAGAAGAAAGUGGUGAGUCUGAAGCUCUUCAGCCUGAACCUCGUGAUCCAACCAGGAACAUUGGUGGAGACCGCAAUUUGGGUUGUAAGGUUCCUUCAUUCAGUAUACAUCUCCAGCGUGCCUACGCAAAACAGGGUUGCAUGUGCAUUCCAACAGAGUUCUUCAAGAAGUACAUAAGAAAAGAGAUGCAAGAGGUGGAGAUUGAGACAGUGAGAGGAGUAUGGACAGUGACAUUACUUCCCUUCAAGAAAAGGACAAGAACAUUUGCUAGGUUCAGUAAAGGCUGGUCACAAUUUGCCAAAAAGAAUCACUUGAAGGAAGGACAAACUCUCAUUUUUAAAAUGAUUCGUGGAGGUCAUUGUCCUAAGUUCAUCGUUUAUAGGCAAGAAAAGACUAUUAAGUAAGUGUAUUUGAAAAAUUCUUGUGAUGAUAAGCUAUGUAAAUGGUAGGAUUAAUUUAUCAGCUACUAGGAACUAGGAAGUGAAUUUGGCAUAGUGAAUCAAUUUUGUGUGUGUUUAAGUCCAAUUGAUAGAUUGAUCACCUGCUUAAUGCAAGCUUCCUUGAUUA